AUGGAUUCCUUGAGACGACUCUCUCUUAAUGGCAGUGACAUAAGAGAAUUGGAUGAGUCAAUUGAAAAUCUCAUUGGGCUUGAAGAGUUGGGUCUUACUAAUUGCAAAAAUCUCACAACUCUACCAUGUAGCAUUUAUGGGUUGCACAAUCUAAAGAGUCUUCAAGUGAGUGGAUGCUCAAAACUGGCUACAUUUCCAAAAAUUCCAGUAAAGAUGGAUUCCUUGAGACGACUCUCUCUUAAAGGCAGUGAGAUAAGAGAAUUGGAUGAGUCAAUUGAAAAUCUCAUUGGGCUUGAAGAGUUGGAUCUUACUGAUUGCAAAAAUCUCACAACUUUGUCGUGCAACAUUUAUGGGUUGCACAAUCUAAAGAGUCUUCAAGCGAGUGGAUGCUCAAAACUGGCUACAUUUCCAAAAAUUCCAGUAAAGAUGGAUUCCUUGAGACGACUCUCUCUUAAAGGCAGUGACAUAAGAGAAUUGGAUGAGUCAAUUGAAAAUCUCAUUGGGCUUGAAGAGUUGGAUCUUACUGAUUGCAAAAAUCUCACAACUCUGCCGUGCAACAUUUAUGGGUUGCACAAUCUAAAGAGUCUUCAAGUGAGUGGAUGCUCAAAACUUGCUACAUUUUCAAAAAUUCCAGUAAAGAUGCAUUCCUUUAGACGAUUCUAUCUUAAAGGCAGUGACAUAAGAGAAUUGGAUGAGUCAAUUGAAAAUCUCAUUGGGCUUGAAGAGUUGGAUCUUACUGAUUGCAAAAAUCUAACAACUCUGUCGUGCAACAUUUAUGGGUUGCACAAUCUAAAGAGUCUUCAAGUGAGUGGAUGCUCAAAACUUGCUACAUUUCCAAAAAUUCCAGUAAAGAUGGAUUCCUUGAGACUACUCUCUCUUAAAGGCAGUGACAUAAGAGAAUUGGAUGAGUCAAUUGAAAAUCUCAUUGGGCUUGAAGAGUUGUAUCUUACUGAUUGCAAAAAUUUGUCAACUCUACCGUGCAGCAUUUAUGGGUUGCACAAUCUAAAGAGUCUUGAAGCGAGUGGAUGCUCAAAACUGGCUACAUUUCCAAAAAUUCUAAUAAAGAUGGAUUCCUUGAGACUACUCUCUCUUAAAGGCAGUGACAUAAAAGAAUUGGAUGAGUCAAUUGAAAAUCUCAUUGGGCUUGAAUAUUUGGAUCUUACUUAUUGUAAAAAUCUCGUAGCUCUACCGUGCAGCAUUUAUGGGUUGCAAAAUUUAUGGUUUCUUGAUCUUGGUGAAUGCUCAAAACUUGUCAAAUUUCCAACAAAUACCAAAAUUUUGAAUGUCGAUGGUUGCUCACUAUCACUUCCCAAGCUAGGGGUGUUCAGUAUCGCAGGAUGCAGUUUAUUAUCAGAUUGUGAUUUCCUGACGACUCUUGAUUGCUGGGAAACAUUACAGUGGCUUAAUCUGUCAAGAAACAAUUUUGUUAGUCUGCCUGCUUGCCUCACCAAAUUUGUCAGGUUGCGGGAUCUUAACUUGUACGGUUGCAAGAGACUCCGAGGAAUUCCGGAGCUUCCACCAAACGUUAAACCAUACACCAGGGGUUGUGAAUCACUGGAGGAGAGAUCCUCGACAUUGACAGAUCCUGGAGCUGUGAUAGAGGCGGCGUCGCCGUCAAUUGAAGAGCCAACUCCGUCUACGGAAGAACCAUCCCCAAUCCCCAUGAUCCCUGACCUGCAGACCCAUCACGUUGGCUGGCAUGACUGGCGUUCGUAUAUUUUGUCGGCGAAUGACGAUUAUCAAGAGCAGCAGGAGCAUGUUUCCAUCACUGAAUUAGUCCGCAACUUCAACACCACAAGGAACCAACUGAGUUGUUAA